CUCGGACGGCGAUCCGUCAAGCGCUUACCGUCCGCGUCUUGUCUUCCUCCCCUUCACCCGUCUCGGGGAGAGGGGAGUGUUGGGCUGGAACAGGGAGUGACCGGCAACUGAAAACCCAAGCCGGUAUCGGGGCGGGGGGGCCGGGCAGAGGGUGUGCCCGGGGCUACCAGAGAGGCGGCCAUGGCCUCGGCUACGCCGGGGGAGAAGCUGAAGCUGGACGCCUCCUGCCUCAUCUGCCUGGACUUCCUGUCGGAUCCGGUCAGCGUCGACUGCGGCCACAGCUUCUGCCGGAGGUGCAUCUCCGACUUCUGCGAGCAAUCGGAAAGCGGCCCCGGCGGCUCCUACCCCUGUCCUCACUGCCGGGCCCCUUUCGGUCCCGGGGGCUUCCGGCCCAACAGGCAGCUGGCCAGCGUGGUGGACGGCAUCAGGCGGCUGGACCUGAGCCCCGGGGCCGAGGGAGGGCGGGCGACCUGCGAGGAGCACGGAGAGCCCCUCGGCCUCUUCUGCCGACGGGACCGACGGCUCCUCUGCCGGCUCUGCCAGAGAUCCCCGGAGCAUCGCGAUCACAGCACGGCCCCGCUGGAGGAGGCGGCCGAGGUCUACAAGAACCAGUUCCGAGCGGCUCUGGCUCGUGUGAGACGGGAGCUGGAGAAGGGCCUGGACUUGGAAGCCAGCGUCGGGAAGAAAACCGUCCUGUGGAAGGACAAGGUGGAGGCCCGUCGCCGGAGGGUCGUGUUGGAGUUUGAGAAGCAGCGCGGCUUCCUGGCUUCCGAGGAGCAGCUGCAGCUGAGGAGGCUGGAGGAGGAGGAGCGGGAAACCCUUCGGCGGCUGAGGGAGAGCCGGGCCCGCCUCGCCCAACGCAACCGCUCCCUGAGGGAUCGGGUCGGCGAGCUGGAGGAGAGGUGUCGGAGCUCGGCCCUGGCUCUGCUCCGGGGCGUGAGGGGAGCCUUCGACGGGAGUGAGGCGACGGCGACGACUCCCCCGGAAGCCAUCUCCACGGACUUGAGGACCACGUGCUCUAUCCCCGGGCUACGAGAAAUGCUCAAUCGAUUCCGAGUGGACGUGACCCUGGACCCGGCCACGGCGCACCCCGCCCUCGUCCUGGGCGACGACCUGAAGAGCGUGAGGGACGGAGACGUGUGGGAGGAGGUGCCGGACACGGCCGACCGAUUCGACACCUGGCCCUGCGUCCUGGGAAGAGAAUGCUUCCGUUCCGGGAGACGCUACUGGGAGGUGGGCAUGGAAAGCCAGACCGAGUGGGGGCUGGGGGUCUGCCGGGAAUCGGCCCUCCGGAAGGGGGAGGCCUCCCAGUCUCCCGAAAAUGGCGUCUGGGCCGUGUGGCUGCUGAAGGGGAACGGAUACAUGGUCCUGUCCUCUUCCUCGGACCCCGUCAUCCAGGAGCGACGGCCCGAGAGGAUGGGCAUCUACCUGGACUACGAAGGCGGCGAGAUCUCCUUCUAUAACGUCACCGCCGGGGCCCACGUCUACACCUUCGCCCAAUCCUUCUCCGGCCCCCUCAGACCUUACUUCUUCGUGUGUGACCCGGCCCCCCUGACCCUUCCCCCGGUGGUUUCCGGGGAGAGCUAGGCCACCCCGGUUGGGGAGGGACUGAGGUCAGCUGGAACCGGAGGCUGGCCGGGCAGCGCCGGCUCCCGAUGCCCGACGG